UGUGUCUCGACAACACAAUCAAAAACGGGCUGACACUAGGCUGCCGACCGUGGACGGAGAACAGAAGAGCACAUUUCAUCCCAAAUAUAAUACGAGGAGUUCGUUGGAAACGUCUCACUUGACCUGCGUAGGCUACACUAUGGAGAUCCAGAGCAUGGAAUAGAGACGGACGGAGUAGCCUAUCACAUCUAAACCGAUGAUGAGCGGGGUUACCUCUGCCACAGGCUCGGCUUCGUGCCGCUUCGCCCAGCACUUCGUGGUGUGUGGAUUGGAUACGGAGUCUGGUCUAGAACCUGAAGAAUUAGCUGGUGAGAGCUUUGAGCAGAGCCCCAUCCGGAGGUCCUUCAGGUCCAAGGUUCUGGCCCACUACCCUGAGAGCACAGACAGGAGUCCCUUCAACAGAGAUGUAGUCAACAUGCUCUGCAUGCCACGAGGCUUGUCAUUCCGUAGUCAGACGGACAGCCGCGACUCCCGCUUCCACUCCUUCACGGUCGCUCGGGAUGACGGCACACACUCCUACGGCUUUGUGCAAAUGUACUACGAGGAGGUGACGAGCGCCCAGAUCACCGCGGCGAUGCAGACCCUCCAUCAGAUGCACCACGUCGAGCAUCACUCCACCUCUUCUUCAUCUCGCUCUACCUCCUCCGCCUCCUCCCCCUCCACAUCCAGCAUGGACUCUCUGGUGAGCAGCCUGGACGAGUCGGAUGCUGCUUCCCUGGCAGAGCGUCCCCUGUUGGCUUGUUUGGGCUGCACAGUGGGUUCCUUCCAGCCGGCCCGGGACACCCUGUAUGUCUCCAAGGCCCUCUGCCUCCUGACGCCCCUCCCCUUCCUCCUCGCCGCCCGCCACUUCCUGUCCCAGCUGCACCAGGCGGUGACAUCUCAUGCCGCCCCGCCGCUGCCCCUAGAGAGCUACAUCCACAACAUCCUGUAUGAGGUGCCCGCGCCGCCGCCUGGUCGGUCGCUCCGGUUCCACGGGGUCCAGGGGCCCAUCGUGUGCCAGCAGCCCGGCCCAGAGGAGCUCCCGCUGGGGGACUACCCACUGGGAGAGGCCUUCUCUCUGCUGGGGGUGGAGAACCUGGUGAGACUGCUUACCUCUGUGCUGCUGGAGACUCAGAUCCUGCUUUACUCACAAGACUACCAGCGGUUGAUGACUGUGGCAGAGGGCAUCACCACCCUGCUGUUCCCGUUCCAGUGGCAGCAUAUCUACCUGCCCAUCCUGCCCGCUCCCCUGCACCACCUCCUGGAUGCACCAGUGCCCUUCCUCAUGGGUAUCCAGAGGAGGGACGGCGCCCAACGCUCCACUCUGGAGCUGUCCAAUGAGGCCAAUCUGUGCUUCGUGGACAUUGACAAUCACCGUGUGGAUCCACCCGAAGACCUGCCCCUCUUCCCAGACCAGCUGGAGCUCAUCCAGGAAGUGAACGAGGUGCUGCUGCGCUUCGGCCUCCAGCCAUACGGGGGCUCUACAACCACCAAGCCCGCCGCCGCUCCCCCCUGCCUCAGCAGCCUCGUCCUGGAGGACCUGAUGGAAGACCGGCGCAACGGGAACCUGGGAGGGGAGGAGUUGGCCGUGCUGGAACGACUGCAGGCACUGGCCAGGAGGUGUGGAGGAGGGGGGAUGGCGGGAGGGAAGACGCUGGGACGGGCGUUUGAGGAGGAAGAGGAGGAGCUGAAGGCAGCCAAGAUGAACGUGCAGCUGAGGGAGGUGUUCGCGGGGCGUUUCACCUCCAUGUUCGGGAGGUACGAAGAGUUUGUGAUCCACAGCGCUCCCGACCUGGAGUCCUGGCUGGGCAACCGUGAGGGAACGAGCAACUUUGAUAAGGGCUCUUUCCUGUCGGCGCAGCCUGCCACACACCUACACUUCCUGUCUCGGUUCCUGGAGACGGCCAUGUUUUCAUCGUUCGUAGACAGCAAGGUGUUGUCUCGCUGGGCAGACCGGGAGCCACUGCAGCGCGUGUUCGACAGGCGCUUGGAGAGGGAGCGCCUCUACAACACGUUCGAGGAUGAUCCUGGUAACCGGCACUACAGGAAGUGCACAGUGCUCCAUGAGUCAGUCCAGGCCAUGGAGCGCAGGCUGCUUAAGGCUGACCACACGGCCAUCCACCCCCACCUGUUGGACAUGAGGAUUGGCCAGGGCCGACACCAACAGGGCUGCUUCCCCAGGCUACAGGCUGAUGUAUUGGCACAGGGACACCACACCAACAAGUGGUCAAGUCGUUACAUCCCUAAGAGACCAGUGACCACUGAGACCACCUCAGGACUGGACAAUGACCAGAGAGAGAAGUUCUCUCCGGGGAGGAGGAUCCUAUGCCAGUCUAAGCUGCUUGACCCCUCCCCCUCAGCUGUCACUCAAACCCAGCGUGGGUUCGUGGAGGGGCUGCUGAGGGAGUGUCGUGUGAAGACCAGGCAUAUGCUGAUGGAAAGGAUGGGGAAGGAGAGUGUGGAGCUGGGGCAGGGCGAGGCCAAUAUUACAGGCCUGCAGGAGAACAGACUGAUCCACAGCCUCUGUGACCUGCUGGAGAGGACCUGGGGACACGGGCUACAGCUCAAACAGGGGAGGUCUGCUCUGUGGUCCCACCUGCUCCACUACCAGGCCAACGAGGAGAAGAUGGAGUCACCUUCAAAUGCCGAAUGUCCAGAGUCCAAUGGGUCGGACAGCAGGAGGCUGGAGGAGGGGCUUCCACCGCCGAAGGGCUCCUUUGUACAGGAUAUGAGGUUUGUCCAGACCAUGAGUGGGGAUCUCGGUGAAGUGGGUCAGGCCCGGGCCUGGAUUCAUCUGGCCCUGGAGAAGAAACUGCUCUCACAACACCUCAAACUGCUCCUGGCCAACCAUGACCUGAUUAGGCAGCUGUAUAAACCUUAUGCAUUCCUGCUGUGUGAGGAGGAGAGGGAGCAGUUUCUGUUCCACCUGCUGUCGCUCAACACUGUAGACUACCUCUGCUUCACACGCAGAUUCACCUCCAUCAGCAUUCCGUACCGUGUUGUCAUAACGCCCAUGAAGAAGCUGAGCAUUGCCAUGACAAUGUCCAACCCCUGGGUGUGUGUCUCUGGCGAGCUGGGUGACUCCGGGGUCAGACAGAUUCCCAAGAACACACAGGAGAUCAUCUUCCAGUGUCAGAACCUGGGCAGACUGAGCACCCUGCAGUUGGGCCAGGAGAACUCUGGCCUGCUGGCAAAGUGUCUGGUGGACUGUGUGAUUGUGCACAAUGAGAUCACUGGACACACCUACAGGUUCCCAUGCGGCCGAUGGCUGGGGAAGGGUGUGGGCGACGGAAGCCUGGAGAGGGUGCUGAUUGGUCAGCUGGUGUCGCCCGGAGGAGAGGAGGAUUCUGGGAGGUGGACGGGGACUCCCCCAGAGCAGGGCUCGCCCCCACAGAGCGGACGCACGGGGAGUCUGGGGUCUCUGAGCCGCAGCAACAAGCUCUCCUCUGCUCAGGUGCAGGAGGAUACGAGAGAGGCAGUGAACAACCUUGUCAAGCACUUCCACAAAGCAGAGCAGGAGAGGGGGAACCUGACUGCUCUGCUCUGUGGAGAGGGGGGGCUGGUGCGCUCCCUGGAACAGUUCCUCAUCCACGGCUUUAAGUCCUCGCGCCUAUUUCAAAGGAGUGUGUUCAUAUGGGACUUUGUGGAGAAAGUGGUGGUUUCCAUGGAGACUGCGGAUCAGAUGGGUGACUUGCGUGAAUCAACAGAACUAUGUGACUCGCUGUGUCACUAUGCCAACGCCAUCAACGCUUCACCACGGAACAUCGGAAAGGAGGGCAAGUUCCAGCUGCUGGUCUGCCUGGGAGUCAGGGACCGGCUGCUGCCCCAGUGGCUCCACCUAUUGGCCGAGUGCCACCUGACGGCUGUUCAAUACGAGAAGUCAGCGCUUGUCCGGGAUUGUGCCGCCGUCCACACUCUCUCCCGUGUCCUCCACACCCUCCACGAGUUCCCCAUCGCCCUGGAGACCGCCCUGGUCAAGGGGGUGGACCUCUAACCCCACCGCCGCUGAGGACAUUGAAAUGGUGUUUUAACCCCUAUCCACAGACUGUGCAACACACACAGGGUGGCUGGGCCUCAAUAGUGUCGUGACUGCCUCUCCAUGUGUCCUCUCCUUCAGUUCCACACCGAUCAUGACCGGUGUAAGUAAGAAGUGUUACACAAGCCCAUCAUUGGGUCAUCACUUCAAUCCUGUCAGAUCUAGUGAGGGAGAGGACACGAGGACAGGAAGUCACUUUAGACAAUUGAGAUGCAGCCAGCAGAGCCUGCCUGGUCAGAACUGGACAGCUGAACUCUCACGACAAGAGAGGAAGUGACCAUGGGAGACCUUUUUGGGGUGCAAGUAUAUGAGGGGAUGGAACACCGAAGACAAGCCACUGACCUGGCAGCUUCUGCAGGCCUAUUGCCUCAUUCGCUGAUGCAUAUGUCAUAUCCAUUGAAGUCACACUGACCAUACAUACAUACAUACAUACAUACAUACAUACAUGGGUGCAACUUUCAUUUUCAUCCCCUCAAGUUUUAUUAUUGGAAUGUGAUACAAGCGAGUUGGCUGUUUGGAGUGUUUAUCUGAAUGGAUAAAUAUAUAUAUAUAUAUAAUAACUGUUGCCCUCACUUCUAAAACGAAAGUUGCGCCCCUACGUACGUACAGGAAACGGUGUUGCGUUUCUUAUUUUCCUCAUUUACACUGUGAUCGGUCUCUUGGAGUGAAGCGGAGUGAUUCCCUUAACCAACCAGCUUUGAUGUCUCAGCUCACACUGUGAAGGGCAAGGGGGAAAAAAAAGAGUUGUGAUGAACUUUGACUCCACCUACCUGUCCUGCCCCUACUUAACCCAAGUCGUAUUGCUGUUAUGCUUGCCCUUAGCAUAUAAACCUGACAUGCAUUGCCAUAUCAGGGGUGUAUUCACUAUGAACCAAACCGCUCGAAACGAGGAGGGACUAAACUGAACGCUCGUUAUGUUUUGCAACGGUUCGCACCAGUGUGCCCUAAUGAAUACACCCAAUGUUUUUCCUUUCUCUCAGUGAUUCAGUCAGUCUCUAGCUACAGUUAUUCUGCUGCCCGAUUGUCUGCUGUAUUAUUAUGGUAUGGACAUUGUGAAUGGAUUAUUUCUCAUCUAAAAAAUAAUGGAGAUUAAAGAUAGUUACUCUG